AUGUUACCUGAAAGAGUGCAUGUCUUCAUUUUUAUUGAGGAUGGAAAACUACUCAUUUGUUAGUCGAAUUCAAACUUGACAUUUUUGAUUAAGGAAAAUAAUACAUGGAUAAUAUAUUAGUAAAUUCAUCAAAGUUUCAUUACGACAAUGUGGAGUAAAAUAAAUAAGAUGAUUAUAACUACCAAUUUGAAGAAUCAGAUAUAAACAUGGUAGAGAAAUUAGAAAGGAUUGUUUUAAUUGAUUUCAACUGCAUGGGAUCCAGAAAGCAAUUCGAAGAAUUGUGAAGUUAAUCCUGUAUAUAUAAAUGAUGAUGGUUUGUUUUUGGGUUAAUGCUAAGAUAACAAAUUAAAAGUUUGGUCAUAUUUAGAAGAUGGAAGUAUACAAUUAGCUUUUGAAUAAGAAAUUGAUGAAUAAAAUGUUGUUAUAACAAAUGAUUUUACCAAUUUAUUAGCCUAAAAUGAGAAAUCAUUAAUUUGGUAUUAAUUAAUAUAUCAUUAGCCUUGA